AGCCAAGAACCCAAAUGAGAAAAGCUGGUGUCUUGUCUGAUUUUGGAUUACAAUUCCAACAGAGGAGCAGCCUGGAUUAUCCUCCAUAGCGCCAAUUAGUCAGGAGGCCACCUUUACAGGCGAGGAUCCGGCCUGCUAGGGAGCGUUGCUUCCCUGCCCGCCCCGUCCCGCGGGGCUCUAGCUCCCCUUCGCGUCUCCAAGCCCUUCCUGAGGAGCCGAGGGACCUGCCCCUCCCCCCUCACCGCCCCGUGCGCGCCUGCGCACUUGGGACCUAGAAGGCACUCUGCGGAAUUUCGGCGGCUCACACUUAGCGCCGGGGGUCCUUGGAGCCUGGAGCUUGAGGGCUGUGAGGGAAGCUCCGUGGUGGCCGCUGCAGUUUUGAAGGAAUCGAGCGCGGGUCGGGCCAGGUUUUGCGGACCAGGUCGAGGCCCUGCCGGUCUCCACAGAAGGUCUAAGAAGUGAAACGAAUCGCCGCUGCGCCUCCAAAAGCCAGUUCUGGCUUCUGUGGAGUCUGCUGCUCCAGUAAAUGACCCUUGAGGAAAACUGACAGUUCUUGCAACUCUGAAAUCAUGGCUCAUGAUUUGGUGAUGUUCAGAGAUGUGACUGUAGACUUCUCCCAGGAAGAGUGGGAAUGCCUGAACUCAAAUCAGAGGAAUUUGUACAGAGAUGUGAUACUAGAGAACUAUAGCAACUUCGUGUCAUUGGGAGGUUGUUCCAUUUCUAAGCCAGAUGUGAUCACUCUAUUAGAGCAAGGGAAAGAACCCUGGAAGGUUGUGAGGGAUGAGAAAAGAAGAUGGAGCCUAGAUUUGGAAUCCAGAUACGAUGCUAGAAAGUUAUCACAAGUAAAGGAUAUUUGUGAAAUGAAUUUAUCUCAGUGGGAGAUAAUGGAAAGAAUUAGAAGUUGUGGCCUUGAAGACUCCUUUUUCAGGGAAGAUUGUGAAUAUAAAAUGUUUGAGGGACAAGAGGGUCUUCAAGAGGCGUAUUUUAGGCAAGUGAAAAAAACUACCUCUGAAAAAAUACCCCAGAACAGAAAAUACACAUCUCUUACCCUCAAUCAGAGAAUUCACAAUAGAGACAAACCCUAUGAAUGUGGUGAUUGUGGGAAGGCCUUUAGAGUACGCCAACAACUUACUUUCCAUCAGAGGAUUCACACUGGUGAGAAACCCUAUGAAUGUAAGGAAUGUGGAAAAGCCUUUAGACAGUGUGCCCACCUUAGUCGACAUCAGAGAAUUCAUGUUUGUGACAAACUCCUUGAAUGUAAAAGGUGCGGAAAGAUCUUUACAUGUGUUGCAGAUCUUCGUGUACAUCAGAGAACUCAUGUUGGUGAGAAGCCCUAUGACUGUAAGGAAUGUGGGAAGGCCUUUAAAGUGCGAGGACAACUUAAUCUCCAUCAAAGGAUUCAUACUGGCGAGAAACCCUACGAAUGUAAGGAAUGUGGGAAGACCUUUAGACAAUAUGCUCAUCUUUGUCGACAUCAAAGACUUAAUAUUGCUGAGAAAAGCUAUGAGUGUAAGGAAUGUGGGCAGGCCUUUCUGUGUAGUACAGGCCUUAGAGUGCAUCACAAACUUCACACUGGUGAAAAACCCUAUGACUGUAAGGAAUGUGGGAAGGCUUUUAGAGUGCGGCAGCAACUUACUCUUCAUCAGAGAACUCAUACUGGUGAGAAACCCUAUGAUUGUAAGGAAUGUGGGAAGACCUUUAGUCGUGCCUACCAUCUGACUCUCCAUCAGAGAAUUCAUACUGGUGAGAAGCCUUAUGAAUGUAAGGAAUGUCAGAAGUUCUUUCGUCGUUACUCAGAGCUUAUUUCCCAUCAGGGCAUUCAUAUUGGAGAGAAACCCUAUGAUUGUAAGGAGUGUGGGAAGGCCUUCAGACUGUUCUCACAACUUACUCAACAUCAGAGUAUUCAUUUUGGUGAGAAACCUUAUAAGUGUAAGGAAUGUGACAAGACUUUUAGACUGCUCUCCCAACUUACUCAACAUCAGAGUAUUCAUACUGGUGAGAAACCCUAUGACUGUAAGGAAUGUGGAAAGGCCUUUAGACUUCAUUCAUCGCUUACUCAACAUCAGAGAAUUCAUUCUGGUGAGAAACCAUACAAAUGUAAGGAAUGUAAGAAGGCAUUUAGACAACAUUCACAUCUUACUUACCAUCAGCGAGUUCAUAAUGUGACUAAAUAAUUAUAAGAAAGCCAUCCAUCGUGAAUUUUGUGUUAAGGAUCAUUAGAAAAUAGAUUCUGGAGGAAAUGUGUUUGAUUGUAGGGAUCCCUUUUGCUUCAUGCUUAGAAUUAAAAUGAGAGAUUUUAUUUAAAAGAACAUGUUAACUUAAUACAUAGAAAUCUUUCAUCACCACUCAAAUCAUGUUAAACUUUAGGAAAUUCCUUCUUCAGAGAAACUCUUAAAGGAGUGAAUGUGGAAAAGCUUUUGAUCCUAACCUAUUAUCACUUCUUUUUUCAUCUGUACAGUAUACCUAUGGAGGCUGCCAAGGCACCAGCUCAUUCUGGAAAUUGAUAGAUAAAAGGAAAGAAAAGUCAGUUAGCCUGGAUUUCCUUACAUUUCAAGGCAACUAGAAGUUGAUGAGUUAAAGUUCUUUAUUAGAGAAUUUUGCAACAUAUAAUGACCUAAUGAAUCUAGGCAUGAUUCUCCGUAGAGUUGUUAAGACCAUUAGGUGAGGUUGAUACAAACUUCUUAGUGAACAGAUCAGGUUGACAACAUCUGAACCCACUGAUUAAUUUUAAUCUCAUAAAAAAUGAGACAAAACAUUUUGUGCCUCCUAAAAAGAUACAAUAAGAUAUAACAUUGCCUAAAAAUAUUGAACCUGAACCUAAUUAUCUAUCAAGAUCUAACUCCCAGUUUGGAGAAAAUGCAGUAAACAGAAGAACAAAUUACGUGGCACAACAAGAAGCAGACAAAUCUAAAAUGUGGGUAAUUCUACAAGAAUAAUGACCUAAUUUCUCAACCAAUAAAAUGGCACUGGAAAAAGGGGAGAUGGAACUCUUAGAUAUUAAGAGUUUGAAGAGAUAUAUCAAUCAAAUGCAAUGAAUGAGUGGUUUUUUAGACCACAAAUUGAACAAACAUAAGACAUUUUUAUAACAGUUGGGGAAAUGGGAAUAUUGACAGUAUUAGAUAAUAUUAAGAAAUUAUGUUCUUGUAAGAUGUGAUAAUAGCAUUGUGUUUAUGUGAAAGUGUCUUAGAGGUGAAUUAGGAAGUUUAUACACAUAAGAUGGUAAGUCUAGAACUACCUUUAAAAUGCUCGUGUAAAAGAAGUGUGGAUGGAUAACUUGUUCAUCAGAAUCAUGGUAAGAUAAGCCUUGGGUACAUGGUUUUUGCUUGUUUAUUUUGUUUUUGCUGUUUUCAUGUAUUUGACAUUUUCCAUAAUUUCUUAAAGAUAAAAUAUGAAAUUACAACCAGCUUGAAGUGAAUGACUUUUAUAAAUGGCUGCAUAUCAGAACAUACGGACUUUGCCAAAGCUCUGCACACAGGGAUAUUAAGUGUGCUAUAACGUAUUUGGGAAAUUAAGGUUGAAAAUCCAGAUUUUAUCUAGUUCACCUAUUGCUACAUCUGUGUAGUGCUUGUCCCAUAUUACUUCAUACAUUUAAAGAGUAAAAAGAGCAGUUACAACAAUUUAUGGAAAUUAAUGGAAUUAAUAUCAUAUUGUCUAAUAAGGUAGAUGGGAGCAACAUGUAGAGCUCUUGAGAACCUGAAUUAUGGCUAGUAUAAAUUAAAAUGGUGUUUUAUACAUGUAAAAUAUACAUGAGGUUUUGAAUACUUAGUUCUGAAGAAAGAAUAUAACAUCUCAGUUUCCCUGCUGUGGUGGGAAGCUGGACUAUUCAGUGGGUUGUAUUACUACAUAAUACAGACCCAAUUUAAACGUGUGUCUGCUUCUAAGUAGCAUGCUUACAUACUGAGGCCUCCUCGGUUCUACCCUGACUCAUGCAGGAUUAUUUUUUUUCCUUCUGUCCGUAAAAUGUAGCCCAUGUGUAUAGCUGAGUAGUUUUCUCAGACUGUUUUUAGCCUGUGGAUGUUUAAAGAUCCAAAGGCCCUUUUUUACUUUGUAAUGUUUCUGUCCCAUUAAAUUCAAGCUUACGGCA